AUGUAUGGCAAGAAUUGUGGCUUAGAUGAGGUACUCAUGAGUUGGGGUCACGACGAGUACAUGUAUCGGGUGCUCAAGAAUCACAAGACUUGUACCCUUCCCUCGGAGGCCCUCUAUAUGAUCCGUUUCCACUCGUUUUAUCCGUGGCAUAAGGGAGGGGACUAUUACCACCUCUGCUCUCAUAAGGACCUCAAAAUGUUGGACUGGAUUCGAGAGUUCAAUAAAUUUGAU